AAUAAAUUCUUAAAAGGCUGUGAAAUUAAUUCAGCCACAGCUAGCCACCAUACAAGCAGCUCUAAAACAGUAGCUUCUUGGAGGCAGUGUUUGUGGAUGUAUUUGUAGAACGGCAAAUCUAGAGCAACAAGAGAAACAGCAAGUGGUCCCUGAGCAGUGAUGCAGCUGCAGUGGUCACCAGAAUCAACCUUGUGUAGCCCCCGUUGAGACUUCUUCUUUGAGUCCGCCUGUUUUCCUUGUGGUCAGCAGUUCACAGAAGGUUUCAUGGAAGAAGAGGCGUGAGCCUGGCAAGAGCUAAAGGUCCCAGCAGGGUGGUUGAAUCCCUUAUUUAUUACUGGCCAUAAACGGAAGCUUGAAGAAGAUGAUAUGUAUAAAGUGCUGCCAGAAGAUUCCUCAGAGAAGCUUGGAGAAGAAUUGCAAUGGUACUGGGAUAAAGAGGUGCAAAAAGCCAAAAAGAGAGGAAAAACGCCACAUUUAACAAAAGCCAUCAUUCUUUGUUACUGGAAAUCCUAUUUAGUUUUUGGAAUUUUCACAAUGAUUGAGGAAACCCUCAAAAUAGUUCAGCCAAUAUUUUUGGGAAAAAUUAUUAAUUAUUUUGAAAACUAUGGUUCCUCAGAUGAGGUAGCUUUGAAUUUUGCAUAUUGCUACGCAGCUGCUCUGUCUGUGUGCACGCUUAUUCUAGCUAUAAUGCACCACUUAUACUUCUAUCAUGUACAGCGGGCUGGCAUGAAGCUGAGGGUAGCUAUGUGUCAUAUGAUUUAUCGGAAGGCACUUCGUCUCAGUAACGUAGCUAUGGCAAAAACUACCACUGGUCAAAUAGUAAAUCUUCUAUCGAAUGAUGUGAACAAAUUUGAUCAGGUAACGAUUUUCUUGCACUUCUUGUGGGCUGGACCAAUUCAAGCUGUAGCAGUAACAGUACUUCUCUGGAUAGAGAUAGGCCCAUCGUGUCUUGCAGGAAUGGCAGUUCUGAUUAUUCUUCUUCCUAUCCAGACCUGCAUUGGGAGACUUUUUUCUUCCCUAAGAAGCAAGACAGCCACCUUAACAGAUGUCAGGAUAAGAACCAUGAAUGAAGUCAUAAGUGGUAUGAAGAUAAUAAAGAUGUAUGCGUGGGAAAAAUCAUUUGCGGAACUUGUGAAUGGUUUAAGAAGGAAGGAGAUUGCCAUGGUUAUGAAAAGCUCCUACCUGCGAGGACUGAACUUAGCCUCUUUCUUUGUGGCAAGCAAAAUAACGGUGUUCAUGACUUUCAUGGCGUAUGUACUACUUGGCAAUGUUAUCUCUGCAAGUCGGGUGUUUGUUGCAGUGUCCCUGUAUGGUGCAGUAAGACUGACAGUAACUCUGUUCUUCCCUGCGGCUGUUGAGAGAGUAUCCGAGGCAGUGGUUAGCAUACGACGAAUCAAGAACUUCCUGAUGCUUGAUGAGGUCUCACACUUCAGUCCACAACUGCACGGUAAUAAUGAGAAUGUCAUUCUUCAUGUUCAGGAUUUGACUUGCUAUUGGGAUAAGAGUUUAGAAAGCCCAGCACUUCAACAAGUUUCAUUUACUGUCAGACGAGGGGAAUUAUUGGCUGUGAUUGGUCCUGUAGGAGCUGGAAAAUCUUCGCUCUUAAGUGCUGUGCUUGGUGAGCUGCCUAAAGACAAAGGUUUGAUAAACGCUACUGGAAGAAUUGCCUAUGUUUCUCAGCAGCCUUGGGUGUUUUCUGGUACAGUAAGAAGUAAUAUACUGUUUGACAAGGAAUAUGAGAAAGAAAAAUACGAAAAAGUUUUAAAAGUCUGUGCUCUUAAAAAGGACUUGGAAUUAUUAGCAAAUGGUGACCUGACAGUAAUAGGAGAUCGUGGAGCUACGCUGAGUGGGGGACAGAAGGCCCGCGUAAAUCUGGCCAGAGCUGUGUAUCAAGAUGCAGACAUCUAUCUUUUGGAUGAUCCACUGAGUGCAGUAGAUGCUGAAGUUGGAAGACAUUUAUUUGAAAAAUGUAUUUGUCAGGCCUUACAUCAGAAGAUCUCUGUUUUGGUCACUCACCAGUUGCAAUAUCUCCGUGCUGCAAAUCAGAUUCUAAUUUUAAAAGAUGGUAAAAUGGUGGGGAAAGGUACCUAUUCAGAGUUCCUGAGAUCUGGCAUCGACUUUGCUUCCCUUUUGAAAAAAGACGAGGAGGUAGAACAGCCAUCAGUUCCAGGAACCCCCAACCUGAAGUCUGCCCGGAGCCGAACCUUCUCAGAGUCCUCUGUCUGGUCCGAGGAUUCUUCUGUCCACUCACAGAAAGACGGAGCAGUGGAGCAACCACCUGCUGAAAAUGCACUGGCUGUAGUGCCAGAGGAGAGUCGCUCUGAGGGGAAAAUAAACUUCAGGGUUUACAGAAAAUAUUUCACUGCGGGAGCAAAUUACUUUGUGAUUUUUAUACUUUUAGUAUUCAAUAUUUUGGCACAGGUGGCAUAUGUGCUCCAGGACUGGUGGCUUUCUUACUGGGCAAAUCACCAAGAAAAGCUGAAUGUCACAACAAAUGGAAAUAAUGGAGCAAAUGAGACUGAACAUCUAGACCUUAACUUUUAUUUGGGAAUUUACGCAGGUUUAACAGUGGCUACAAUACUGUUUGGAAUAAUAAGAAGUCUUCUGGUGUUUCAAGUUCUGGUUAAUUCUGGUCAGACUUUGCACAACAAAAUGUUUCAAUCCAUUUUGAAAGCUCCCGUCUUGUUUUUUGACAGAAAUCCUAUAGGAAGAAUCUUAAAUCGUUUCUCCAAAGAUAUUGGCCACCUGGAUGACUUGCUUCCACUGACGUUUUUGGAUUUCGUACAGACUCUCCUACAGAUUUUUGGUGUGGUGGCUGUGGCUGUGGCAGUGAUUCCUUGGAUACUCAUACCCUUAAUUCCACUAUUUAUUCUUUUCAUUUUUCUUCGACGAUAUUUCUUAGACACUUCAAGAGAUAUUAAACGUCUAGAAUCCACAACUCGCAGUCCAGUGUUCUCCCACUUGUCGUCAUCCCUUCAGGGACUUUGGACUAUUCGGGCUUUGAAAGCAGAGGAAAGAUUUCAAAAAUUAUUUGAUGCACACCAAGACCUCCACUCAGAGGCCUGGUUUCUAUUUUUGACGACCUCGAGGUGGUUUGCUGUGCGUCUGGAUGCCAUCUGUGCCAUUUUUGUUAUAGUGGUUGCUUUUGGUUCCCUGCUUCUUGCCAAGACUUUGAACGCGGGGCAGGUUGGUUUGGCUCUGUCCUACGCAAUCACCCUCAUGGGAACAUUCCAGUGGGGUGUGAGGCAAAGUGCUGAAGUUGAAAACCUGAUGAUAUCAGUAGAAAGAGUAAUGGAAUACACAGAACUUGAAAAGGAAGCUCCUUGGGAGACCAACAAGCAUCCGCCUCCUGAAUGGCCAAGCCAAGGAAUGAUAGCAUUUGAAAAUGUUAACUUCACUUACAGCCUAGAUGGACCUUUGGUGUUAAGACAUUUGUCUGUUUUAAUUAAACCAAAAGAAAAGCAGUCAUUACUGCAUACAUCUGAGUCUCAGGCAGUGGGUAAUUGCCCUCUGGUGUCUGUUGGAAUAGUGGGAAGAACCGGAGCUGGGAAAAGCUCUCUGAUAGCGGCCCUCUUUCGCUUGGCGGAACCUGAAGGAAAGAUUUGGAUUGAUAAGUACUUGACAUCAGAACUAGGUCUCCAUGACUUGCGGAAGAAAAUUUCAAUUAUACCUCAGGAGCCUGUUUUGUUCACUGGAACUAUGAGGAAAAACUUAGAUCCUUUCAAUGAAUACACCGAUGAAGAGCUGUGGAAUGCCUUGGAAGAGGUGCAACUGAAGGAGGCUGUGGAAGAUCUACCUAAUAAAAUGGAGACGCAGCUGGCAGAAUCUGGGUCUAAUUUUAGUGUUGGUCAGAGACAGCUGGUGUGUCUUGCCAGAGCGGUUCUAAAAAAAAAUCGGAUCCUUAUCAUCGAUGAAGCAACAGCAAAUGUGGACCCAAGAACAGAUGAGUUCAUUCAAAAGACGAUCCGUGAAAAGUUUGCUCACUGCACAGUGCUGACCAUUGCACACCGCUUGAACACCAUUAUUGACAGUGACAGGAUUAUGGUUUUAGAUGCAGGAAGACUGAAAGAAUAUGGGGAACCUUAUAUUUUGCUGCAAGAGCAAGAUGGCUUGUUUUACAAAAUGGUGCAACAAGUGGGCAAGACUGAAGCGGCUUCUCUGAUUGAAACAGCAAAACGGGUGUACUUCAGUAAGAAUUACCCAGAAGUAGUUCAGAAUGGUCAACUCACCACAGAUUCCUCCUUGGAUCCUUCCUCAGGAUUAUGCAUAACCGAAACUGCACUGUGAUUCCUAAUAACCGCAACCGUUUUCCAUAGAACGUAAACCUGAGGUCAUCUAAACUCAGUGACAAUGUUUGCAAGUGUCAAUGGGAGAGGAAAGGGAGGGGGCGAUUCUUUGCACUGGACAUCCUUCUUAUUUAAUACUGAGAAGCAAAUUCUUACUCUCCCUCUUUCUUUAAUUUCAGUGCAAUAUGUUUUCCUUUCCAGCGAAUUAUGUUUGUAUUGCUAAGGAAAUUAGGCGGACUCAGUUUUUAUUUGAAAGUUAUGUGGUAGGGAUCUCUUUUAUUUAAACAGGUGCAGGACACCUAACAGGUCUAGGGUGCAGAUUUGGAGCUUAUUACAAAAAAAAAAAAAAAAAAAAAAAAUUGAAUGUGUCCUUUUUCUUUUUUGGAAAUAGUUUGAGAGCGAGCAAAACCAAAAUUUUGUCAGUGUCACUUUAGCACGACAGCUGUGUCUAAACAGCAGAUUUGCUAGUGUACAAUUUAGUUGUCUAAUGCAGUUGUCCUUCUGCCUGUCAUAAGUAGCUAUGCAGGUUGGUAGAAAAAAGAACAAGCCAAAAAUACUUUUUCCUUUUUGAUAGUAAAAAGUACUAUAUACUUAUUUUUUUGAUAAAAAAUCCAAAUAAUGUUGUUCAAGAUGAAUGUAAAUAUUAGUUUUAUUUUGCUAAAAUCCAAAUGCUGAAAAAUCAGUCUCAAUCUUCUAUACUUCAGAAGAAAAUUACCACAUUUGCACUGAAGAAAUAUUUAAAUAAUUUAACAUACAUUCCUCUUUUUAUCCAGGUUAUCAAAGAAAAAAAGGUAUUAAAAUAACUUGGGGAAACGUUUGAAUGACAUGUCAUUAUACCUAAAUACCGGGUAGUACAAAGUUAUCUCCAACCCAACACAUUGAAACGUAUACAUUAUUUGCAUUUAUUGUGCCUUAAUAUUUGUGCCUUCAAGCCAAAGCUGUAACUGCAGGGUACACAACAAAUUCAUUAAAUGCAUGUUAAAAAUGUUUAACCUUAGUACAUUUAAAGUUUUGCAUCAGGGGUUCUGUUGAACUCGAGCUGUUUGAAGUUACCGUCCUACCGCAGUAGGUAGGAAAGUACAACCUGUAGUUGCUGGUAGCGAGAGGAAUGCGGUGAGAGAGAGAGGUUUGCUAUUCCUCCGAAGUUAUGUCCUGAUUCAGCAAAGCACUUUUACACAAAGGCACUAUUCCUGUGCUUAAAAAAAAUAAUAAAAAUCAAGCCAGUGCUACGCUGCUUCAGAUUUUUUCAUGUUUAGUGAGAUACCUACUCUUUGAGGUCGAGUAGAAAAUACAUCUAUUCAUUUUGCUGUUUAAAGAGCACAGAAGAGCUUAAAAGGCAACGGAUCUCUUCAGGACAUGGAAAAUACUAUGCUUUUAAAAAAACAUACUGAAGAUGCCUGCUCUUACCUUUGCAAGACAAAUUUUGUUUACCCAGUGGUCUAAAAGUAAAGCAAACGCAAACGUUUCUCAGCUCUACCAGCAAUUAACCGAUUCAAAUACAGAAUUACUCUCUCCUUGUCGAGAAGUAAAUUGCGGCCAAAGGCUGUGCCUCAGCACGAGGGCUCAUCUAGAAGGACUUUGUCCUGCUCAGGAGUCAGCCCGCUGGUGAGGGGCUGGUGGGUGGCAGAAUCCUCGUUUCCCUGUCGCAGCAUCUUCCCUGCAGUGAGGCCCAGAGGCUUGCUGUGUCCUGCUGGAGAUACCGGGAGAGGGGGCAGGACUUCUUACUACCAGCCGUGCCACCAGCCAGCUUCCUGUGGUGGAUGGUGAUGGGAGGAAACAAACAUUGGGUGUCCCUUUUUGCUGGUAACGUCCACUUCUGUCAUUAGCAGGAGGUUACAAAAUGAAACGCUCCUGUCCCCAGCUUUCUUCUGGCAGGUUCUGACGCUUCUGCUGUGGUGUGUAGCACCUUACACUAUGACAAAUCCAAUUGGUAUCACUGGAACUGAACUUCACGCAGCGGUGCACAGCAUGAGGCUUGUGCUGCAGCUGGUGCUAAAUAGCAGACGGUCAGGGACAACGACCUGUCCUCGAAGCCAUGUGGCACAGGUCGGCUCAUAUAAGCCGUGCUUGUGGCUAAUCCUUCCUAGAACACACCAGCCACAUCCACUUUUCUGUAUCUCUCGGCCCUCGGUCUCCUCCGGGCUCAGGCGGUCCCCCUGUGGACUUAGCACACUGUUAUUAUCCAGCGCUUUUUGGGUUAGUUCUCCUUUUCAAUUCAAAUCAUCUGAAAUAAGGGUUAGGGCUAUUCUGCAGCUCAGGAGGGUGGUGUUUGUAUUGCAGAGGUAUGUGAAGAUGUAGGGAGGUGUUCAAGUGUGUAAAGUCACACGGGCUAAUGCUGGGGGACUGCGUAGCAUGAAGGAAGUUCAACCUUGCAUGGUCUUGUCUGCAACUGCCGUUUUGGAAGGGAUCCAUGGUCUCAACCAUGCCCAGAGUCUGCUCAAGCUUUGUCAUGGAGAGACCUGGAGCUGGGGCGAGCUGACCAGUAAGGCAGUGUAGACACUUAAUGGAGUCUGAUGCUUGAUGUGCAUUUGUUUACCUUUUUUAUUGAGCAGUUUGGACAUACUCAGAGUCUAACUGUGUUUUACAAUAGUGAAUUCUUUUGAUUUCUAAAUAGAUCUUACAAGAGAGUAAGUAUGGUGUAUAAUACACUGAGGUUUUAAAAUACUCUUAAGAGAACAGUACGUUCUCCUGGCCAUAUACCUUGAGUUUAUAGAUUUAUUUUUUUUUUAUCAGAACCAAGGAGAUACGCAUCCGUAAACCAAGGGUAUAAUUACAGUUUUAGUUCAUUUCAGCUCUGAAAUGAGUCUAUGGUAAGUUAUAUUUCAGAGCAGAGCUCCAAGACGCUGGCUGCUGCAGACUCACUGGUAUGAGACCCUGACAGAUCUAGCUAUCAAUCUGUAAGCUAGAAUUAAUUUGAUCCUGUAGCUUUUUGAAUGCGCACAAAAAUGUUAGGUAUCUCUGAAAAUGCUGAUUCUGCUUCUUGACAUGUUUUGGCAGGACAUCACUAGCUGUAGGUAUCAAAUAUCAAUAUCAGAGAAAACAAUAUUUUUGAAAAAAAUCACACUUGAAGCCCAUAAAUUGCUGAGUAAAACACCUGAUAGCAAGACAUCCAUGUUUGUCAUUGGCAUUAUAUCCAUCUUUUUAGUUUCAAGUAACAAAAAUAUUUGAAUCGGGAGGUUGUUUUUUAGAUUCUUGUGUUGGUUUUGUUCUUGAUAGUUGUUUUGUUUAGGUGACUAUUGGUUAAGAUUGACUGACCCAUUUGAUUUCAGUUGAGUAGAAAAGUGCAGUGUAACUGAAUGGCAAAACUCAGAUCGGGGAUGAGAAAGGCCUUCCUUUGGUGAAAGUCUUGGGCUGUUAAAAUGGACAAAUUAUCUUCCUGGCCAGGUGUUUUAAAGAAAAGUUCAAAUAGUUCUAAACUUCCACUUUGAAAAUGUUCGUGCUUUAUUUGGAAAUAGCAAAGCUGGUUACUAGAAGCUACAUUCCUUUCUGGGGAUCUUGGAAAAAGAACUUGGUCCUCUCAGUCAUUCAAGCCUUUAAAAUAGUUCUUCACCAUGAGGUGCCUUAAAAUAUUUGAGUCUUAUUUCUAAUAAAUAUAAUUUUAUACAGUAAUAUCGAAAAUCAUCGGUUACAGAACUGUUGUUUGUUUGGCGUAAAAGACUAGGAACAGCCUGUACUUCUGUUCUCAAAAAUUGUUCUUCAAACAUUCAUUUUGGUAUAUCUUUGCUCCACCCCUCCUCAAAAGACCACUGGGAGAGUCAAAACCAACACAGUUUCUCAAGGACAGGUUAUCUCACGUUUUGCUUAUUUUAAGGGCAAAAUUCUCUUUAGCGAACUGAACCAGAGCUCAUUGGCCAGACAGGCGUUGUCUUGUGCAAUACCAUUUGUACUGCGCUUUGGAAAGAGGGAGAACCUUCUUCUGACCAACGUCAGUAAUGCUGGUUGCUUAAGUGAUGUUGACGGUUUCUUUUAACCUUCCGAGUACUUGUUAAAAAUAAGACUGCAAAAAGAAUCAGAAGGGGACAAAAGACCCAAAUGGUAAAGAAACUUCCCUGAAAAUGAUGCUUUUUGCGUUAAUCUGACCCUUCAAAAUAUCUCACUUUGAAGUUUGCCUCUUUUUUGGGGAGGGAGGGGGGAGAAAAAGUUGAAAUCACUAAUUUCCUGUGAUGCUGAGCAUCUGACACUUCAGCAGAAGAAUGUGGCUUUCUGUAUAUGUUUUACGUUGUGUAACAGCACACUGCUUUUUCAUCAUUUUAACUCUGGUUUGGUUUUGUUUUGGUUUUUGCAUUUGUGUAAUGAUUUGAUUUUUGGUAUUGCUAUGGUAUGAUUUCUUUUGUUGAUGUUCACAUGACAGCUCCUGUCGUACAAUAAAAGGUG